AUGGGCGCGCGCCUUCCAGAGCCCACGGAGGGCCCGGGGGCUUGCAAGGUGUGGGAGAUCAAGACCCUGGGUCGCGCCGACGAUGAGCGCGCGAGGGAUAUGCUGGAGAAGACCGCGUGGCAGGUGCAGCCCAUCAUGCGCAAGCGCGGGUGGAAGGUCCAGGAGCUCUGCGAGAUGAAACCCGAGCAGCGCGACAGGAUGGGCGACAACCUCAACAUGGGCCAGCGCGUCCGUUUAAAACUGCGCAAGAACAACAGCGGCGACUGGUUCGACUACGACCAUGUCGUCUUGGUCAUGCUGCACGAGCUGUGCCACAACGACAUCGGCCCGCACAACGCGAAAUUCUUCAAGCUCCUCGACGAGAUCACCGUCGAGUGCGAGGAGCUCAUGGCCAAGGGAAUCGGCGGAAGCGGCGCGGGGUUCGACGCGAAGGGUCAGAGACUGGGGCACAGGGGCGGGUGGGGCGGAAUCGAGACGCGAGAUCCGCGAAAGGCCGCCGCGGAGGCGGCGGCGAGGCGCGCGGGGUACCAGGCCGCCAUGGGACCCGCGGGGGGCAGAAAACUGGGCGGGGGGGGGACCGGCGCCGCGACCCAGCUGGGCCCGAGGGAGGCGGCGGCCGCCGCCGCGGAGCGCAGACUUCGCGCGGAGCGAUUCGCGAGGGAGAACGGCUUGAUGAACGACGUCGUGGUCAUCGACGACGAAGACGACGACGACGGGGGGGACGGGGACGGGGCAGGCGAAGGAGGAGGGAUGGCAAAGACGGCGCCAGCUAGGAACGAGGGUGCCGAGGUGGUGGUGUUGUCGAGUCCGCAGGAGCCGGGAACCCGGGACGCGGGGAAACGGAAGAGAACUUCGGGGCGACGAGCGGACGAAGACGACGAGGAGGAGGCGGAAAAGGAGGAAACAGACGACGACGACGACGUCGUGUUUGUCCAGGCGGUGCCCGCGCCCCGCCCGGGUGUCGACCGACCGGAGCGCAGGUGGACGUGCUCGCAGUGCACGCUGGUGAACCCGGAACGCGCGACGCACUGCGGCGCGUGCGAGCGGUGGAGGUUCGGGCGAGGCGCGCCCGCAGCGUCCAGACCAACCGUAGGCGUCGACGACUGA